AAUAAAUAUACCACAUUUUUAUUAGUUUUAAAUGUAUGUCUACUAAUUGAAUCGGCAAAUGUUAAAUCAUUGAGUGAGCAUGUUGAAAAGGUUCGCCAAAUGGUUCUUGAUGAAGUGAGUGUUCACCCCGAUCCAUAUGAUGAGAGGGACGUCGAGAACAUCCGCAAUAAAGACUAUAUCAUUGAACGCUAUUUAACAAAAUAUAAAUUGAACGAUGUAAAAGCGAAAAACGGUAUUAUAAAAGCACUAAGGUUUUACAAAAGUGAGGGUUUAGCUCAACUCAACGACCAAUACUUUCCGGCCGAGAUGUAUGCGACGGGUUUUCUCAUCGGAUACGGUGUGGACAAAAGUGGCGUACAAUUAAUGGGUUUCUGUUGCCGGUGUUACGUACCCUUACAUGACAUUAGCAAAGAUAUGUGGGAUUUGGGCCGAAAAUUCCUGUUGUACUUUGUGUAUAAGCAUCGCAUAGAGUUGGACGAUAAGCCCCGCGCUGUAUAUGUUUCAUCGAACGGAACCAUCCCGGCUAAUUUUGAACUUGCAAUAAUGAGACCUGGGAUUGAGUUUGCUAAUGAUUUCAUGCCGGCCACUCCGGGAACACUUCUAAUGGUAGAUCUGCCCGGCAUCCUUCGGGUGACGGGCAGACUGAUAGUAAGCCUAUUAAAUGAAUGGUUUAGCGGAUCAGUGUUGUUCACAACAAUGCAUAAAAUAGAUCACUGGAUUAAUUAUAGCGAAAUUCCCAAAUAUUCCGGCGGAACCUAUAAUGACUACUCGAGAAUACCUGAAGGCGUAAAGAGUGGUAAAUGUCUGAAACAUUUGAGUUAUAUUCCGGAUGAAGAUUGGGAUAAGUUUGCCGAAAAGAAUAUUUAUUACGCGACCGGUUUUCUCAUCCGACACGGAAUGGACAAAAUGGGCGCUUCACUCAUGGGCUUCUGUAACCGGUGUUAUAUACCAUAUCUGGAUAUUAGCCAAGAUAUGUAUGAUUUGGGCCGAAAAUUCCUCUUGUAUUUCGUAUAUAAGGGUCGCAUAGAGUUGGACCCAAAGCCCCGCACAACAUAUGUCUCUGCAGAAGCGUUACUGAGAAAUGCGCUCGACUUUGGCACUAAUUUUAUGCCCGACACUCCGGGCAAACUUCUAGUGAUAGAUUUGCCCACAAUUUUGACGUAUUUAUUGAACAUAUUUGUGGAUUACACAAAAAGUUGGCACAAAGGGAAGCUGACGUUCACCACAAUGCGUGAAAUCAAGAAGUGGAUCAGUUAUAAUGAGAUACCAGAAUAUAUGGGCGGAAACCUCAAGAACUACUCGAGAAUACCUGAAGGUGUGAAGAGUGGUCGAUGUCUAAAGCAUUUGAGUCAUAUUCCCGAUGAGGAUUGGGAUACGUUUGUUAGUCAAAACAUUGAGUGCAUCCGCGAAGGCAUGAAAGAAGUUGUGAACGAAGAAAAUGCAACGAAAGGUAUUUUAAAAGCUCUGAAAUUUUACAAAAGUGAGGAAUUGGCUCAACUCAACGACCAAUACUUUCCCUCCGAGUUGUUUGCGACGGGUUUUCUCAUCCGCUACGGACUGGACAAAAAGGGCGCACAACUAAUGGGGUUCUGUAACCGGUGUUAUGUUCCUUACGGAGACGUUAGCCAAGAUAUGUAUGAUUUGGGCCGAAAAUUUCUGCUGUAUUUUGUGUAUAAGAGUCGCAUAGAGUUGGAUCAAAAGCCCCGAGCAGUAUAUGUAUCCGCCGCUGGAACUGUUCUGGAAAAUGUUGAAUUUACAAUAAUGAGAAACGCUAUCGAUUUUGCCAAUAAUUAUAUGCCGUCCACUCCGGGCACACUUCUAAUCGUGGAUCUGCCCGUCAUUCUUAGGGUGACGUUCAGAAUGAUAGUAAGCCUAUUGAAUGAAUGGUUUAGCGGACAAGUGGUGUUCACAACAAUACGUAAAAUAAAGCAAUGGAUUAGUUAUAGUGAAAUACCCGCUUAUAUCGGCGGCAACUUUGAGAACUACACGAGAAUACCUGACGGAGUAAAGAGUGGUAAAUGUCUAAAGCAUUUGAAUCAUAUUCCGGAUGAGGAUUGGGAUACGUUUACUAAACAAAACAAUGUUUGCAUCCGAGAAGGCAUGCAAGAUGUUGGCAUUAAAUCUAUGGAAAAUUCGGUACUUUUAGACCCGAUAUCUCGGGAACGGGACAUCCGCGAAUGCAAUGUUAUGACACGUAAAAUGACACCUCACGUCACGUUUAAGGAUCGGGUCCAGAUGAUUCGCCAGAAAGUGCUAGAUUACGUGAAAUUGCACCCUGCUGAGUUUGACGAGUUGGACGUCGAGCACAUCCGUAAAAAGGAUUAUAUUAUUGAACGCUAUCUUAAGGCUAAUGGCAAAAGUUUGAACGACGAUAAGCCAAAAAACAAUAUUUUAAAAGCGCUCAAGUUUUACAAGAAGGAGGGUUUCGCUCAACUCAACGACUCGUACUUUCCGUCCGAGUUUUAUGCCACGGGUUUCCUAAUCGGACACGGAGUGGACAAAGCGGGCGCACCCCUACUGGGCUUCUGUAACCGGUGUUAUACACCCUAUCGUGACAUUAGCGAAGAUAUGUACGAUUUGGGGAGAAAAUUCAUAUUGUAUUUCGUGUAUAAAAAGCGCAUAGAGUUGGACCAAAGGCCCCGCACUGUGUACGUAGCGGCAGAAGAGGCUCAUAUUGUUAACUUUGAAAUUAAAAUGCUUGAAAAUGUUGUGGGUUUUGUCAAUGACUUUAUGCCGUCGACUCCGGCGAAACUACUUGUGGCCGAUUUAAGUGCAAUCGUUGAGUUAACGUUCAAAGUGUUGACAAACCUAUUGCACGAAUCGUUUCAAAAGUCGGUGAGGUUUACAACAAUGGUUGACAUCAAAGAGUGGAUCGCUUAUCAGGAGAUACCGACAUAUGUGGGCGGAAACUACGAGAACUACGCGAGAAUACCCGAUGGAGUCAAGUCUGGCAAAUGUCUGAACCAUUUGAAGUACAUUCCCGACGAGGAUUGGGAUGCGUUCACCGAUCAGAACAUUGUUUGCAUUCGCGAAGGACUCAAAGAGAGAAAUCAGAAAUCAAUGGAAAAAUACUUAAACCUCGAGUGUUAG